UUCCUCGUAAUAUGUCUAGUAUCCUUAUUUAUUGUAUCAUUGGUAUUCUUUUAUAAUGGGAGCGAGCGACCUAUAGUGAAGAAAAGAGCCAAAGUAGAGGACAUAGAAACUAGGAUAAAGAAAUUGGAGGAAAUGGUUGUGGAGCGGAUUAGGAAGAAGGUAGAGCGACCCAAGCCCAAGGCGGCGCGUAGAGUGAAUUAUCUGCGAGCUCCGGACGUUGGGAAGGCCGAGUCGAAAGAUACAGUGCUACCGGUGCUAGUGAUAGCGUGUGACCGCGUCACGGUCAAGCGGUGUCUGGACAACCUCAUCAAGUUCAGACCCAAGAAUGAGACGUUCCCAAUUAUAGUCAGUCAGGACUGCGGCCACAACGCCACAUACCAAGUGAUCAAAUCCUUCACCGUCGCCGACCCUUCCAUCACCGUAAUACGCCAACCGGACCUGUCUAGGAUUCCUCUCAAACGUAACAACAUCAAGUACGGGAGCUACUAUAAGAUAGCGCGGCAUUUCAAGUUCGCGCUCAACCAUGUGUUCAAGAUUUUGGGACACGAGGCUGUGAUUGUCGUUGAAGAUGAUCUGGACAUUUCGCCGGAUUUCUACGAGUACUUCCGAGGCACAUAUCCCCUCUUACUCAAGGAUUCUAGCAUAUGGUGCGUCUCAGCGUGGAACGACAACGGGAAAAAAGAGGUGGUGGACUUAUUGCAGCCCGAGCUCCUCCAUCGUACAGACUUCUUCCCCGGCCUCGGCUGGAUGCUGCGGGCGGACACCUGGGCCGAGUUCGAACCUAAUUGGCCUAAAGGGUUCUUCGACGCUUGGCUCCGUGACGCUGUGAACACGCGGGGCCGGGCCUGCAUCCGGCCGGAGAUAUCCAGGACUUAUACAUUUGGAAAGGCGGGCGUCAGUAAAGGCCUGUUCUAUGACAACUAUCUGCAAUACAUCGUUCUCAACUCGGAGUUUGUUGAAUUCACCAAAAGGGAUCUCAGUUAUUUAAUGAAGGAAAACUACGACAACAACUUUACAAAAUACGUGUAUUCCCUCCCUGAGACCACCGUGGAGGCAGUAAUGGCGGGCGCGGCGCCUGCCCCCUCUGUCCGCGUAACCUACUCCACCUUCGAUACCUUCAGCAAGGCGGCCAAGCGGCUCGGCCUCAUGGAUGACUUCUGGAGUGGAAUACCCCGGACGGGGUACCGAGGCGUAGUCCAAUGUACUGUAAAGGAUCAACGCGUGUACCUCGUGCCAGACGUCUUUUAUUUUUUAUAUCUUAUUCAUAAUAUGCUAUAA